GUUUGUACCCUUUCUUUUGUUUAAUAAAAUUUCUGUAGGGGUCCCGAUCCCUCCAGUUCCAUCAAAAAAACUUGCACCAAAAGAAUCUCAAAGACAUUGGAGGUCAUAGCUAGUCGUCUUUAAUUUGCACUAACCUCCUGCAAUGCUCAUGGUGUUAGGUUUUUUAUCAAAGAAUUAUGUGUAUAACAAUAUAAAAAGUAGAGUACUUUCAGUUACCAUGUUAAUAUUAAUAUUGAUAUAUAUUAUAAUAUUGGUAUGGCUAAUUACUUGUUGAAGCUAGAAAAAUUAACCUAAAUUUACUGUGGUUGACUAGCUAGUUGGAGAAAGAAAUUAGGUUACGCAGUAUAAUCAGCCCAUAGAAAUUCAAGUCUAUAUUGCGCACGCACAGCAUGUUUUGUCUAGCUUGCGAAGAUAUGCGACAAUUUCCUGACCAUUUACAUGAGACACCCCAUCUUAGUAAUGAACGAUGGAUCAAAGUGUAAUCUACUACUAGUACGGAUAAAUAAAAGAACAGAAAUAGAAGUCUCUGUCCUGAAUAUCUGGCAGGUAGGGGAGAGGUUGCAACAAAAUUUGUAUCGUCUCAAGAUGCUGAUGCUCCAUCGCGUCAGUUGCCAUGUCCCUGCAGUGGCGGUUGUCUUCUGUCUUCUCCAACGCCGAUGCCAAGAACGCGCGGUGGAGUUGGCUCCGGCGAUCUCUGUACGUGCUCAUGCUUCUCUCCUUCUCAUACUUCGCCUACCUCGCAUUAUUCUCCCGGAACAGCAUCCACCACAGCCUCCUGCAACGCCCAUUUUGCGAGCAGCCUCCCGCGCCCGCAGCAGCCGCCGAAGCCAGCCGCUCACCGACCACUCUCGCCCACAUCGUCUUCGUCAUCGGCGCGUCCAAAACCACCUGGGCGAAGCGCGGGGUGUACACCGGCCUGUGGUGGCGACCGGGGGCAACGAGGGGCCAUGUCUGGCUAGACGGGGAGCCCUCCGGCCCCUGGCACCCAUCAUGGCCACCCUACCGCGUGCUGCGGCCGAACGCGGCACGGUUCGGUAGGGAGCACGCAGCCGCGGCGCGGAUGGCGCAGGCGGUGGCCGAGGCCUACUAUUACGAGACCGCCGCUGCGGCCGCGGGGCCGGAGGAGGGCGCUGGCGCUGGCACUGGCAGCGGCGAGGCGCGGUGGCUGGUCAUGGGCGACGAUGACACGGUGUUCUUCCCGGAGAACCUGGCGGCCGUGCUCGACAGGUACGACCACCGGGAGAUGUACUACGUCGGGUCGAGCUCCGAGAGCGUGGGCCAGAACGUGGCGCACUCGUACGCCAUGGCCUUUGGCGGCGGCGGGUACGCCGUCAGCUUCCCGGCUGCCGCGGCGCUCGCCGGGAUCAUGGACGGGUGCCUUGACCGCUACAACGAGCUGUACGGCAGCGACCACCGCGUCCAGGCCUGCCUCGCCGAGCUCGGCGUGCCGCUCACCAGAGAGCCCGGCUUCCAUCAGCUGGACCUGAAAGGACACGUGUACGGCCUGCUCGCGGCGCACCCGGUGGCGCCGCUGGUGUCGCUGCACCACCUCGACCGGCUCAGCCCGAUCUCGCCCAACUCGCUCAAGCGCCUGCACGCGGUCCGGUCCCUGGUCGGCGCGUCCCGCCGCGACCCGGCGCGCACGCUGCAGCAGUCCAUCUGCUACUACCGCCCGCGGUCGCGGGGCAGUGGCGCUGUCACCGUCACCCUGUCCGUGUCCGUCUCCUGGGGCUACAUGGUCCACCUCUACCCGUCCGCCGUCCCGCCGCACGAGCUGCAGACGCCGCUCCGUACGUUCCGCGCGUGGUCCGGGUCGCCGGCGGGGCCGUUCACGGUGAACACGCGCCCGGAGGCGGCGCCGAACGCUACCGCACUGCCAUGCCACCGCCGGCCCGUCAUGUUCUACCUGGACCGCGUCACUACGGAGGAGUCGCCCGGGGCGGCUGGGCAGAGGCAGAGGCAGAACCGGACGCUGACGGAGUACGUGCCGGAGCUGGUGAGCAGCGACGCGUGCAACGGCACCGGCUUCGACGCGGUCGCCAAGGUGCAGACGAUCCGAGUGCUCGCACUCAAGAUGGAUCCUGCCGUCUGGAAGCGGGCUCCACGGAGGCAAUGCUGCAAAGUGGAGAGCUCGAAGGAAGAUGACUCUCUGGUCGUCAAGAUCUAUGAAUGUAAACCUAAUGAGGCACUGAGGCAGCACUAAUGCGGUAGCAAAAUACUAUAAUUGCCAGGUUUAUACAAAAACGACAGCUGACUUGGUUUAUUAUGUUACUUGUGCGGACAUGCGGUGAUAACAAGAAGUGUUUUUGUCU